UUAAAAGUCAAAACUCUCUUUCUUGUACGAAAAAAUUAAUAUGGCGAAUAAUUUGGGAUAUGAAAGCUUAAAAGAACUUGACGAAGUAGAAAUAAUAAUUGUCGUUGAUAAUGAAGUUGAUCCGUUAUCUUCUUCAAAUGCUAGUAUCGGGAAUAUCACAACUGAAAUUAAGAGAGAUUUAAUAAAUAAAAAAGAAACUUUGGAGAUUAUGGAAUACUGUUGUGGUGCCCAUGGUUAUUCUGUUCUUAUCACUGGUACAUGCAAUGGGGAAUCUCAUUCGGUAUUAUUUGAUGCUGGACCGUAUGGAAAAAUUUUUAUGGAUAAUUCACGUAAAUUAGGAAUUGAUUAUUCAAAAAUUGAAACUGUGGUAUUGAGUCAUUGGCAUUGCGACCAUUCUGAUGGACUACCGAGUGCAAUUGAAGCAAUAAGUAAAGCAAGACGCGAUUGUUCUUUAAAAGAAGUAAUUGUCGAUUUACCCAAAGAUAGACCAUCUCGUCGAGGAAUUAAGCUUCCCAAGAGUGAUAAUGUGAUGGUUAUUAAUAAUCCUACAUUUGAGGAACUUGAAAAAGCUGGCGGGAAGUUAGUGAAAACUGAUGAAUCUCACACAAUAUGUUCAAAUUUCUUUUAUGUGAGCGGAAAAAUAUCUCGUCAUAUUAAGUAUGAGACAGGAUUAGCUAACCAUGUAGCGUACGAUGAAACAUUGUCAACUUGGACAGAUGAUCCGUUAAUAAUGGAAGAAAGGUUUUUAGUAUUAAGAAUAAAAAAUAAAGGAUUAAUUGUAGUCACGGGAUGCGGGCAUGCAGGAAUUGUCAACACUUUAUUACAAGCUCAAAAUCCGCUUUCUGAUAAACGAGAAAAAUAUCCAAUUUAUUUGGUUAUGGGGGGAUUUCAUUUAGCGGGUUAUGAUCAAGAAAGUAAAAUUGAAAAAACUGUGAGAGAUUUAAAAGCAUUAGUUAAUCCCGCUUUUUUAGCUCCUGGUCAUUGUUCUGGUUGGAGAUGCAGAGCUGCAUUAGAAUUUCAAUUACAUGAGGGCGAAGCUGCAUUUGCUGGAAGGGUUGCACCAACCGCCGUUGGAAAAAUAUAUAAUAUUACUUAGU